GACCUUGGCCGGAAGUUCUAGGGCGGGGAGUUAGGCACCAGCGGAGAUGGCGGCUGCCGCAGCGAGUCGUGGAAUCGGGGCCAAACUUGGCCUACGUGAGAUUCGCGUCCACUUGUGCCAGCGCUCGCCCGGCAGCCAAGGCGUCAGGGAAUUCAUCGAGAAACACUAUGUGGAGCUGAAGAAGGCGAACCCUGGCCUGCCCAUCCUAAUCCGCGAGUGUUCUGAUGUGCAGCCCAAACUCUGGGCCCGCUACGCAUUUGGCCAAGAGAAGAAUGUCUCUUUGAACAACUUCAGUGCUGAUCAGGUAACCAGAGCUGUGGAGAAUGUGCUAAGUGGCAAAGCCUGAAGCCUCCACUGAUUGCUAAGAGCAACAGCCCCACAGCUUGGGCUCUCUAGGACUGAGUACAAUGUGAAAAAAGUGUUCUUCUAUUCUUUAUAAAGCUUGUGCCGAAAAAUGCCA